GACGUAAACAUUGCUACGAGUCAUGGAAACUAGCGGUGCAUCGCGGCCUUUACAUGUACUACUUACGGGUCCACCAGGGAUAGGUAAAACUACAGUAUGCAAAAAAAUCGCGUCCGCGCUGGAGAAAAAGGGCAGCAGGUUUGAUGGAUUUUACACAGAGGAAGUGCGAGAUCAGAGUGGCUCCAGGAUUGGCUUUGACAUUGUGCGAGUAAAGGAUCCUGGAAACAGAUUAUCCUUAGCAAAAUUAAUGACAGACUCAACAGAUACGCGAAAUAAAACCUCUCCCAGGUAUCAAGUGGGAAACUACCGCGUUUUUCGAGAUAAUUUCGAGACUAUAGCGCUUCCAAUAUUGGAUUUGGACACUGAUAUAUUGCUUAUCGAUGAAAUUGGCAAAAUGGAAUUAUUUAGUGAAGACUUCAAGAAGAAAAUAAUGAACAUAUUUUUCGGUUCUCCUACGAAAGCUUUCGUAAUCGGGACUAUUCCGCAAAUACAUAAAACACCGCAACGACACGCAGCACUGUUCCAAAAAUUACAUGAAGACGAAAGAAUUAAGAUUUUGAAAGUGACCCAUGGAAAUCGGAAUGAUUUACCAAAGGAAAUUAUACAUUAUUUCUCAUAAAUUUAUAUUAAUUAA